AAGAAGGCGAACAGAAGAGGGUAUACUUCUUGGAGGUAGUGGGGCGAGCAGAUUACGCUCAACGUUAUCAGUCGUUCUGGUUCCUCAGUCACUCAACAACUCGCGGCCAGCAACACCACCAUGGGAGCUGAUUUAUUCGAAAAGGACAAAUUCGGGAGCACCGCCCAAGGAGUGAAGGCGGUCGUUGCAGAGGUGGUUGGUACCGCCCUCCUGGUCCUCUUGGGCUGCGGAUCAUGUCUGAGUUGGGGAGCUUUCGCCGCUCCGACGCCACUGCAAAUCGCCAUUGCCUUCGGUUUCAUCAUUGCUUCCAUGGUCCAGACGAUUGGACACGUUAGUGGUUGCAACAUCAACCCAGCUGUGACAGUUGGCCUGUUAGCUUGUGGAAGAAUUGGAAUCCUCAGAGCAGUCCUUUACAUUCCUGCUCAAUGUGUUGGGGCAGUAGCCGGUGCUGCACUGCUAUACGCCCUGAGCCCUGCGAACUCCAGAUCAGGCCUCGGUACUCCGGGCCUGGGUGAUGGAGUAACCCCUUGCAGGGAUUCCUGGUGGAAGGUCUCGUGUCUUUGCUGCUCGUCCUGGUCGUCUGCGCCGUCACCGAUCCUAGGAGGGUGGACGUUGGCAAUGCGGCUCCUGUCGCUAUAGGACUCGCAAUCAUCACUUCCCAUAUUUUCGCUAUUCCGUUCACAUCAUCCAGUAUGAACCCAGCAAGGGCACUUGGACCUGCAGUAAUGACCGGUGGUUGGCAAAAUCAUUGGGUUUAUUGGGUUGGCCCAUUGAUUGGCGGAGUCAUUGGUGGGAUAUUGUACAGGCUUGUCUUCUCUGCUCCCAAAGAUGACGAACAUUCGUACGAUCUGUAAAGGGAGGAUGAGGAAAAAACAUUCUCAAGAUCUUGCAAGGCUACAGUCAUCUUCACCUAAGCCUACAUAUGUAAAUAAAAAAUAAAUAAAAAAGGUGCAAUUUUUUUAUUUAUACAUCGAUUAGAAUUUUAAGAAAUAUUUUUAAAGAAAUCUAACCAAAUCAUAAAACUUAUAUAUAUAUAUUUAAUGUAAAUUAGUUAUAAGUAGUUAAAAGGAUUUAUUCUAUAUGCACAUUCUAUGAGAAGUGUAAUUCAUAAAAUCUAAUUGUGAUUUUACUAUACCACUUUUCUUAAACAAUCAAAACUAGAUAAUACAAAUAUUAAAGUUUCUUUACAAAUAUAUUGCACCCUUAGACAUUUUAUUCUUUAAGGUUAUCCUAAAAUGCUUUUUCUUACCAACCAAAAAAAA